AUGUGCCAUUUGCCUGUGGGUGUGGAACACAAAGCCUAUUGGGCGGUCAAGGAAAUUAACAUAAACCCUCAGGCGUGUAAAGAAGAGAGGAAACUGCAGCUUCAAGAACUGGAGGAAUUAAGACUUGAGUCUUAUGAGUCCGCAAUGUGGUAUAAGGAGAAGACUAAGCUUUGGCACGACAAAAAUCUCCGGGUCAAGGAACUACAAGUAAGACAGAAGGUUCUCUUGUUUCAGUCCAGACUCAAACUGCUACCGGAAAAGUUAAAAUCCAAAUGGGUUGGACCUUACACUAUCAUAAGUCUUCGCGCAAAUGGAGCAGUGGAGAUCCAGGGAAGUGCCGCAAACUCUACUCCCUUUCUUGUGAAUGGUCAUAGGGUGAAGGUUUUUAGGGAUAAUUCUGAGUUGUGUGUAGUGGAGGAAGUACCGCUACACGCACUCUCCAUUAUCGCUUAA